CCCGCCCCUCUCUCUGGAGUGAGGCGAGAGCCCCGCACUGAGCGAGGGAGACAGCGAGCUGAGCUCGGGGCGCUACCGCCGCCGCCGCGGAGAGCGUGAGAGCGAGGGAGCAUCCGAGAGACCCAGCGCCCGUGCACUGGCCGCCGCCGAGACCUCCGCCCUAACCUGGGCCAGCGGGAGCCGCGGCCACCCCUCUUCUCCCCCCCUCGCCUUCCCGGCCGGCAGCGGCGGCUGCACACGCCGGAGCCCGAGCCCGAGCCGGAGCCGGCGGCUGGGGGGCAGGGAGGCGGCUACCUCGGGUCGGGACUAGUCGGCUGCUCCGCGGUGAGAGGACGCUGAGGAGGGGCCGGAGCUUCUGUCCGUUCCGGGGCGCGGGGCGAGGGACCCCCAAGGUGGAGGGAGGGGGUCCCAGCCGCAGCGACACAUGCUGGAGCCGGGAGCGGGGGCGGCGCCGAGCGGAGCCGGCCGGGUCCCCCACCUCGCCGCCGCCUCGACCACCCGCCCGGGGCCGUAGCAUCUUGCCCCGGAGUGUAUGAGCCGGGACCCCAAGCCCGGCAACCACCCCCCGACCGGGGGGGCGGGGACCCCGAUGUGAAGCGGAGGCCGGGGCGGCGGGGACAGCAGGACCGGCGCCGCCGUCCUUUCCUUCCCUGCCCCCUCCCCUCCGCCCCCUCGGGGGUCUUCUUUCUCGGCCAGUCGCCGGCCCCCCGGCUCCUCGGCAGGACUCCGGGAGGAGUUCUUAGAGCCCCCUCCCCCGCCCCAGCCCCGAGGGCGGCGGGGCCGGGGGGGACCCGGGGGGCCGGCCGCAGCCUCCGCCCAGAAGAAACUUUUCAAAAACAAAAUCCGGAGCCUCCCAAACGUGACUGUCUGGGGAGAAGUGGCCCGGGACGGGCAGAAGACCCAGCCUGAAGAGACCCAGGAAGAGGAAAAGAGGAGGUAAGCGGGGCCGCCGCCUCGUCUGCUCCGGCGGCGCGGAAGAGACCCGGGUGGCCGCCGGCUUAGCGAUCCCAGCCCCGCUUCUUCCUCAGUAACGCGCCGGAGCCUGCCGCAGCUGCCGCCUGAGUCCCGAGGAGGAAGGGAAGCACCCCACUUUCUCAGCGCCCGGCUCUUCUCUAAAGUGAUUACUUCCUUAGGAUAGAUUGCCAGAAGUGGAGUGACUGGGUCAGAGGAAUGUGAAAACCUUUGCAUCUUCUGAUAGUCUAGCCAAGGUCCAAGAAGUAGCAAGCUGGCUUUUGGAAAUGAAUCAGGAACUGCUCUCUGUGGGCAGCAAAAGACGACGAACUGGAGGCUCUCUGAGAGGUAACCCUUCCUCAAGCCAGGCAGAUGAGGAGCAGAUGAAUCGCGUGGUGGAGGAGGAACAGCAGCAGCAGCAGCUAAGACAACAAGAGGAGGAGCACACUGCAAGGAAUGGGGAAGUCGUUGGAGCAGAACCUAGACCUGGAGACCAAAGUGAUUCCCAGCAAGGACAAUUGGAAGAAAACAAUAACCGGUUUAUUUCAGUAGAUGAGGACUCCUCGGGAAACCAGGAGGAACAAGAGGAAGACGAAGAACAUGCUGGUGAACAAGACGAGGAGGAUGAAGAGGAAGAGGAAAUGGACCAGGAGAGUGAUGAUUUUGAUCAGUCUGAUGACAGCAGCAGGGAAGAUGAACAUACACACAGUAACAGUGUCACAAACUCUAGUAGUAUCGUGGACCUGCCUAUUCACCAACUCUCCUCCCCGUUCUAUACAAAGACAACAAAAAUGAAAAGAAAAUUGGACCAUGGUUCUGAGGUCCGCUCUUUUUCUUUGGGAAAGAAACCAUGCAAAGUCUCAGAAUAUACAAGUACCGCUGGCCUCGUACCAUGUUCAGCAACACCGACAACUUUUGGAGACCUGAGAGCAGCCAAUGGCCAAGGGCAACAACGACGCCGAAUUACAUCUGUCCAACCACCUACAGGCCUCCAGGAGUGGCUGAAAAUGUUUCAGAGCUGGAGUGGACCAGAGAAAUUGCUUGCUUUAGAUGAACUUAUUGAUAGUUGUGAACCAACACAAGUAAAACAUAUGAUGCAAGUGAUAGAACCCCAGUUUCAGCGAGACUUCAUUUCCUUGCUCCCUAAAGAGCUGGCACUUUAUGUGCUUUCAUUCCUGGAACCCAAAGACCUGCUACAAGCGGCUCAGACGUGUCGCUACUGGAGAAUUUUGGCUGAAGACAACCUUCUCUGGAGAGAGAAAUGUAAAGAAGAGGGUAUUGAUGAACCAUUGCACAUCAAGAGAAGAAAAGUAAUAAAACCAGGUUUCAUACACAGUCCAUGGAAAAGUGCAUACAUCAGGCAGCACAGAAUUGAUACUAACUGGAGGCGAGGAGAACUCAAGUCUCCUAAGGUGCUGAAAGGACAUGAUGAUCAUGUGAUCACAUGCUUACAGUUUUGUGGUAACCGAAUAGUUAGUGGUUCUGAUGACAACACUUUAAAAGUUUGGUCAGCAGUCACAGGCAAAUGUCUGAGGACAUUAGUGGGACACACAGGUGGAGUAUGGUCAUCACAGAUGAGAGACAAUAUCAUUAUUAGUGGAUCUACAGAUCGGACUCUCAAAGUGUGGAAUGCGGAGACGGGAGAAUGUAUACACACCUUAUAUGGGCAUACUUCCACUGUACGUUGUAUGCAUCUCCAUGAAAAAAGAGUUGUUAGUGGUUCUCGAGAUGCCACCCUUAGGGUUUGGGAUAUUGAGACAGGCCAGUGUUUACAUGUUUUGAUGGGUCAUGUAGCAGCGGUCCGCUGUGUUCAAUAUGAUGGCAGAAGGGUUGUGAGUGGAGCGUAUGACUUUAUGGUGAAGGUGUGGGACCCAGAGACGGAGACCUGUCUGCACACAUUGCAGGGGCACACCAACAGGGUCUACUCGUUACAGUUUGAUGGCAUCCAUGUGGUGAGUGGAUCUCUUGAUACAUCAAUCCGAGUUUGGGAUGUGGAGACAGGGAAUUGCAUUCACACGUUAACAGGACACCAGUCGUUAACAAGCGGCAUGGAACUCAAAGACAACAUUCUUGUCUCUGGGAAUGCAGAUUCUACAGUUAAAAUCUGGGAUAUCAAAACAGGACAGUGUUUACAAACAUUGCAAGGUCCCAACAAGCAUCAGAGUGCUGUGACCUGUUUACAGUUCAACAAGAACUUUGUAAUUACCAGCUCAGAUGAUGGAACUGUAAAACUAUGGGACUUGAAAACGGGUGAAUUUAUUCGCAACCUAGUCACAUUGGAGAGUGGGGGGAGCGGGGGAGUCGUGUGGCGGAUCAGAGCCUCAAACACAAAGCUGGUGUGUGCAGUCGGGAGUCGCAACGGGACGGAGGAAACCAAGCUGCUGGUGCUGGACUUUGAUGUGGACAUGAAGUGAGGAGCAGGAAAGGUGGCAUCGUCCCAACGUGUAGACGACAUACUCCCUGCCCUUCCCCCUGCAAAAGAAAAAAAAAGAAAAAAAGAAAAAAGAAAAGAAAAAGAAAAAAAAUCCCUUGUUCUCAGUGGUGCAGGAUGUUGGCUUGGGGCAACAGAGCGAAAAGACCUACAGACUCAGAAGGAAAAGAGGAAGCGAUGACAAACCACAACUGACAAGAGAGGCGCCUGCCGGCUCGUCCCGGAAAAAGCUUCACUUUGGACUGAGGGCAGCUUUGCAAAACAAGACUUUCGAAAUCAAACCAGGUGCAAUUAUUUCUUUAUUUUCUUCUCCAGUGGUCGCUGGGCAGCGUUACUGCAGAGGCGUCGUUACAGAUUCUGCUAGCCUGUUCUUUUACCACUGAGACCUAGAAAGAAGCUGCAGUAACAUCCACACAGUACCGGUGGACUUUCUCACCAGAGAGCAUCUGCAACAAAAAGUCAUUUUUCUGGAGCGGAAAAGCUAAAAAGGAAAAAAAUUACUGUGAAUUGUUUUUGUACAGUUAUCAUGAAAAGUUUUUUUUUUUUUUUUUUUUUUUUGCCAACCAUUGCCAAUGUCAAUCAAUCACAGUAUUAGCCUCUGUUAAUCUAUUCCUGUCGCUUCCACAUACACUCUGCAAUGCCUGUGUUGCUCAAAGGUGGCAAGUUGUCCUGGGUUCUGUGAGUCCCGAGAUGGAUUUAAUUCUUGAUGCUGGUGCUAGAAGUAGGUCUUCAAAUAUGGGAUUGUGUCCCACCCCUGUACUGUACUCCCAGUGGCCAAACUUAUUUAUGCUGCUAAAUGAAAGAAAGAAAAAAAAAAAAGCAAAUUAUUUUUUUUUAUUUUUUUUCUGCUGUGACGUUUUAGUCCCAGACUGAAUUCCAAAUUUGCUCUAGUUUGGUUACGGAAAAAAAAAGACUUUUUGCCACUGAAACUUGAACCAUCUGUGCCUCUAAGAGGCUGAGAAUGGGAGAGUUUCAGAAAAUAAAGAGUGAAGUUUGCCUGCAAGUAAAGAAUUGAGAGUGUGUGCAAAGCUUAUUUUCUUUUAUCUGGGCAAAAAUUAAAACACAUUCCUUGGAACAGAGCUGUUGCCGCCUGUUCUGCGGAGAAACUUUUCUUUUUGAGGGCUGUGGUGAAUGGAUGAACAUACAUAAUAAAACUGACAAAAUAUUUUAAAAAUAUAUAAAACACAAAAUUAAAAUAAAGUUGCUGGUCAGUCUUAGUGUUUUACAGUAUUUGGGAAAACAACUGUUACAGUUUUAUUGCUCUGAGUAACUGACAAAGCAGAAACUAUCCAGUUUUUGUAGUAAAGGCGUCACAUGCAAACAAGCAAAAUGAAUGAAAAAGUCAAAUGGUUUGCCUCAUUCUCCAAGAGCCACAACUCAAGCUGAACUGUGAAAGUGGUUUAACACUGUAUCCUAGGUGAUCUUUUUUUCCUCCUCCUGUUUAUUUUUUUUGUUUGUUUUAUUUAUAGUCUGAUUUAAAACAAUCAGAUUCAAGUUGGUUAAUUUUAGUUAUGUAACAACCUGACAUGAUGGAGGAAAACAACCUUUAAAGGGAUUGUGUCUAUGGUUUGAUUCACUUAGAAAUUUUAUUUUCUUAUAACUUAAGUGCAAUAAAAUGUGUUUUUUCA